UACGCACAAUGAGGAACUCCACCUUGAUAACAGCUUUACUUCUCUGCAGCCUCAGCUGGAUCUCUGUCUCACUUUCUCAGUCUCAGACUGUGGAGGUUCAGCCUGGUGAAGAAGUCACACUGCUGUGCUCCAACUAUACCAGUUCUCCCAGUCUGAUAAUGUGGUUCAGAGUGGUCAGUAGAACCCAGCCUCAGUGCAUCUGCUCCAUGUUCAAGCAUCUUGAGGGUGCUAAAUUCUGCAGUGGAUUUGAAAAUGGAAAGUUUGAAAUGACAUCCAACAGCUCCACUCUUUUUCUCAAAAUCAAACAAGUGGAUUUAUCCGACUCUGGACUGUAUUUCUGUGGAUAUCGUUUAACCAGAGGUCUGGUUAUUGUCCAUGCAACAUAUUUACAGGUUGAAGACGUGUUUGAAGGAAUAACAAAGCUGAUGAGUGUGAUGCUUGGCGGUCUGACUGUUUUCCUCAUCAUGGUCGUCAUUUGUCUGGCUGUUCAAAUCAAAAAGCUUCAGAAAGCACUUGUUGAAGAACGGAGCCCACAAGGGACCGAGUGUCGGGGCUCAGAUGACGUGAACUAUGCAGCAGUGACUUAUCGCCUACAAACAGAGAGGAACCACAGGCCUGUGACAUCUGGACAAGUGGAGCCAAAUGUUAUUUAUGCUGCCACCAGAUAGACUCAGGAAGCACCUGGAACUGCAUCUGAAAGUUGAACUGUUUUUUAUUAAUACACCGGUGUGUUUUAGUGUGGUUGAUGGGGGUACCUUCACUUUAAACCACCACCACCGUGCAAAACGUUGACAUUCUUGCUCAUGCUUUUGAUUCUUGUCAGCAUCAUUGCCUCCUGUGUGUCAUACAUUUGCUUGCCUUAUAUUUCCAUCUGAGAGCAGAGGAAUAUAUUUGGUGAUUGAUAAAAGACGAUCCAACAGAAACAGUGACGACUGUCUCGUUUGUCUUACUGUGAGAAUUAACUGGAGGUCUGCAACAGUGCAGAUUCAUCCUGAGCUGUCAUUUCUGCUGUAAAAUAAAAUACAGCCACACAUCACUUGUUUGACAGGAAGAGACAGCACCGUGUGGUUUGGACACAACUGAGGUGGAAGUUUGAUCA